AUGGCAUCAUCGGCAGAACGAGCAUUUGCCGUCGCGGAGCUGCGGGAGAUGAUACUUCUAGAGCUAGAUUGUCCUGUGGAGAUAAUCCGUGCUGAGCGAGUUUGCCGCGCAUGGAGGAACAUGAUCCAAGGCUCUCAGAAGCUUCAACAGGCGUGCUGGUACCAAGCCCAGCAGCCUGUUACUACUACUACUCCUACUCCUCCAGCCGACGGCGAUCUGUGGAGACUGAACCCUACAUUCAAAAAAUUCGGCUUCGAAGUGAGGAAUCCGUCCGAUAUGGUUGUGGACUCAGACAUACGAGAAGAGAUGGACCAUGCCGUCGACCCUCUUUACUGGGGACUAACUGAUCUCCGAGAAAACAUACGACAAAGCGGAUCGAUAUACAACAAGCCACUCUAUCGCAAACCCGGAUCAUGGGACACCAUGCUCGCGACCCAACCGCCCUGUCGAUGGAUGAUCGUCACCGACUUUGAUAGUGAUGGCGUUUUCAGCCCGUCUAUGGUGUACACAAGGGACCCCGUGAACGGCGGUCUUCUGAUGGGCCAUGUCAUGGCCGUUGUCAAGAACCACAUAUCUCGUCGAGAAUCCCAUCCCAUGUUGCCUUUUAUAGAAAUAGAAUUCUAUCCAGUUGCUAGAAGCGAGCUACGCGACGAGGAAUGGCGAGAUCAUGUUGAGGAAAUAGCGGAUUCUACCUCUAUCACAGCGGGCGCCACAUAUCUUGGAGGUAAACCUUUUUGGUAUUCGCUUCAGCGCAUCAUCUAUGAGGAUCACGACGACAACGACGACAAGACUGCUAGCAGCAGCGGCGGUGGCACCAAACGCUUGCGGUAUGAUGUGAUAGAGCAUCGCAUUCCAUUUAGAACCAGGAACUGGAGGGCGUCACCUUGA